CCCGCAUGCCAGGACGUCGGAGGUGGCAGGGAGACAUGCAGCCGGCCCGGAAGCUCCUCAGCCUCCUCUUCCUCAUCCUGAUGGGCACCGAACUCACUCAAGUGUUGCCCACCAACCCUGAGGAGAGCUGGCAGGUGUACAGCUCCGCCCAGGACAGCGAGGGCAGGUGCAUCUGCACGGUGGUCGCCCCCCAGCAGACCAUGUGCUCCCGGGACGCCCGCACGAAGCAGCUGAGGCAGCUGCUGGAGAAGGUGCAAAACAUGUCUCAAUCCAUAGAGGUCCUGGACAGGAGGACGCAGAGAGACCUGCAGUAUGUGGAGAAGAUGGAGAACCAGAUGAGAGGUCUGGAGUCCAAGUUCAAGCAGGUGGAGGAGAGCCACAAGCAGCACCUGGCCAGGCAGUUCAAGGCGAUAAAAGCGAAAAUGGAUGAACUUAGGCCUUUGAUCCCUGUGUUGGAAGAGUACAAGGCCGAUGCCAAAUUGGUAUUGCAGUUUAAAGAGGAGGUCCAGAAUCUGACGUCAGUGCUUAACGAGCUGCAAGAGGAGAUUGGCGCCUAUGACUACGAUGAACUUCAGAGCAGAGUGUCCAAUCUUGAAGAAAGGCUGCGUGCAUGCAUGCAAAAACUAGGUAGGCCCAGCGCCCGCUCACACACAGGCCUAGCGGCGGUGCUGGGGCGGCGCCCCGCCUCGGGGCCCCUGCGCAGGGCCACCCUGAGCUGGCAGGAGGUAGCAGGUCUGCCCCAGGCGCCUGUCGGCACGCGAGGCCCCGCUCGCGGCGCAAAGGAACGGGACGCCGCCGACGCCACGCACGGCCUUAGCCGCGUGUGCGUCGUGCCGGGUGGGUCCGAAACAGGCUCAGGAGGGCGGGCGCCUCUCCGCUUCCGGGUGAGACGCGGCUGCCCGCCCCGAGGCUGCUCGGGCGUUGUUUGUAUCGAGAAAGCGCAGCCGCCGCGCACAGCCUUGAGCACCCCGGGAGCUUCCCGCAGGACCCCGAGUGGGGCCCCUGGGGUUCUGACACGUGGGGAAGAGCUGCUCGCCUCGUCGCACAUUCCUGCCCUCCCCAGCGAGUCCCAGCACGCACAUGACACAGCUGAAGCCCCAGGUGUGGGCCGUGCGCCCCCGUCGAUGCUGACCGGCCCCCUCGUUGACCGGCGUUUGUGCUGGACGCCGCUCGGCGCCCCAGGUGCCCGGCGCUCACGGCCGCCCCCGCAGGUCUGGUACAUGGACGGCUACCACAACAACCGCUUCGUGCGCGAGUACAGGUCCAUGGCGGACUUCAUGAGCUCGGACAACUUCACGUCGCACCGGCUGCCGCACCCCUGGUCGGGCACGGGCCAGGUGGUCUACAACGGCUCCAUCUACUUCAACAAGUUCCAGAGCCACAUCGUCAUCCGCUUCGACCUGCGGACCGAGACCAUCCUGAAGACCCGCAGCCUGGACUACGCCGGCUACAACAACAUGUACCACUACGCCUGGGGCGGCCACUCGGACAUCGACCUCAUGGCCGACGAGAGCGGGCUGUGGGCCGUGUACGCCACCAACCAGAACGCGGGCAACAUCGUGCUCAGCAAGCUGGACCCCGUGUCCCUGCAGGCGCUGCAGACCUGGAACACCAGCUACCCCAAGCGCAGCGCGGGCGAGGCCUUCCUCAUCUGCGGGACGCUGUACGUGACCAACGGCUACUCGGGCGGCACCAAGGUGCACUACGCCUUCCACACCAACGCGUCCACCUACGAGUACGUGGACAUCCCCUUCCAGAACAAGUACUCGCACAUCUCCAUGCUGGACUACAACCCCAAGGACCGCGCGCUGUACGCCUGGAACAACGGCCACCAGGUGCUCUACAACGUCACGCUCUUCCACGUCAUCCGCUCCGACGAGCUGUAGGCGCCCGGCCCCGGCGCCCGCUCGGCCGGGAGCCCCCUUGCAGCUGGAACUGCAGC